AUGUUUAUCAGAUCUGCAAGAUAUGCUUUUUCAUCCUUUCCUUCACCAUUAGUAUCAGUAUAAUAUUUGAAAUAAAAUCUCAAUAAAGUCAAAGUUUUAGGUAAAAUAAAGGUUGAAAAUAGAUUGUUCAUGGUACCUUCCUUAAAUGAAUCGUAAUGCAGAAUUAGAAUAUAAAAAAUCACAUAUUCCUGGUGCAAUCCGUUUUGAUAUUGAUGCAAACAGUCUCUAAGAAACUAGUUUACCUCAUAUGCUUCCAAAAAAAGAAGAUUUUGAAAGGUAUAAAUUUAUCUAUUUAAGGUCUGUAUCUGAUAUGGGAAUUAGUAAUAAUGAUCAAAUAGUAGUUUAUGAUGGAUUGAAUAUCUUUACAUCUGCAAGAGUAUAUUGGCAAUUCAAAUACUUUGGACAUAAAGAUAUAUCUGUUUUAGAUGGUGGUUUUCCAGCUUGGAUUAAAGAAAAUUGUGCAGUUUCUGAUGCUCCACCUUAAAUUAAGUAGGCAAAAUACAAGGCUACUCCUUAACCUCAUAUGUUAAGAGAACUUGAUUUCAUUCUUAAAAAUAUAGAGAAUUAAAAUAAAGGAUAGAAAGGAGAUUAUGUUUUAGAUGCUAGACCAGCAACUUCAUUUAAUGGGGAAGUACCUGAACUCAAUCCUGCAUUACCAAAUGGUCAUAUGCCAUAUUCAACUUCAUUACCUUUCANAUAAACAUUAUAGAGUAUAUAUUCAGAUGAGAAAAAUAUCUCGUUAAACCCUAGAAAUGAGCAAAAAUUAGAUGAUAUUGUAAAGGCAGCACCAAUCUUAUUAUCAUCAUUAUCAAUGUAAAAUUAAGCAAAUAGCAUCAAAAAUGUAAUAAUCUAAUAACAUUCUUUUCAAUACAAUUUAGGCAAUGGUCAUUCUUUAAAUAAUACUCCCUGGGUUUUUACUUAAUCUAGGUGUUUUGAAUAAUGUCCAUAAAAUUAGAGAACAUCCAAUCAUUGA